UAUUACAGUUGAAUGCUUUCAUCCCACCACUCCCCUCCCUCCAGUUUUGUGGGCUUGACGAGAACGAGACAAAAUUUUAUGCUCAUUUAUAUCUAAUGUUAUUUUGUUGUUCUCAUUGUUUGUGAGGUAAAAAAUGUAGGCGACAAUUGAAGUGUUCAAGUGACUGGCAAUCGAUAAUUUCAUCGACGUAAUACAAAUUAAAACGAUUUUCAUUUUGGAGCAUCCAAGCGCGUUGUUUUUCUUGUCAGUUUUCUCGAAUUCCUGAAUUAAAUAUUCUCCAUUACGAACGAUAUCCGUGGGGUUAUUUAAACCUUGUACUUCAACAAUUUUGAAGUGCGAAUAAAAAAAAGACCCAUUUAAAACGAUCAUUUGACAUUUCCGUGACAUAUGAAUAAAAUGUCUGGAAUCCAUCGUGAAGCGAUACAAAAGCAAAUUCAACAGGAUUGGGCGAAUCGAGAAUACAUCGAAGUUAUUACUGGGAGUAUUAAAAAAAUCACAGAUUUCCUCAACUCCUUCGAUAUGUCUUGCCGAUCAAGAUUAGCUGUUCUGAACGAGAAACUUACCACACUGGAAAGAAGAAUCGAAUACCUAGAAGCUUGUGUGACGAAAGGAGAGACGCUAACUUAGUCAAGUAUUCAUUGCAUUAUUAUGUAUUGAAAUCUUCCUGUUCAAAGUCUUCAAACCAAAAUGAAUUUGGAAAGUGUGAAAUAAAUGAAAUUUUCCAAUCUU